AUUCAGGGUUUAUCUGCCGUGAGUAGUAAGAGUUGUGAUGAAAUGGAAGGUCCUUAUUUAGAUUAUAUCAGGCAACUUUAUUGCAAACCUGUUCUGCUAACUGGUCCUUUAGUUCCAGACCCCCCAAAAUACAAGUUGGAGGAAAAAUGGGAAAAGUGGCUGCAGAAAUUUCCAUCCAAGUCUGUUGUGUUCUGCUCAUUUGGCAGUGAAACAUUUUUGAAAGAUGAUCAGAUAAAGGAGCUAGUACUAGGAUUAGAGCAAACUGGUCUUCCAUUCAUUGUGGUAUUGAAUUUCCCACCUGGUGAUGGAGAUAGUAAUGAAAAGUUGAAAAAUGCAUUACCAGUUGGGUUUGCAGAGAGGGUGCAGGGUAAAGGAGUGGUGCACACUGGAUGGCUUCAGCAACAAUUGAUUCUGGCACAUGACAGUGUUGGCUCUUAUGUUUGUCGUUCAGGUUUAAGCUCAGUGAUUGAGGCAUUCAUGACUGAUUGUCAACUAGUGACGUUGCCACAAAAAGGUGAUCAGUUUUUGAAUUCUAAGUUAAUCAGCGGAGAUCUGGAAGCUGGGGUACAAGUAACUAGAGACGACGAAGAUGGGCAUUUUAAUAAAGAAGAUUUGUGUAAAGCUACUAAGAUAGUAACUGUGGAUGUGAAUGAAGAGCCAGGAAAAUCGAUUAGUGUAAAUCAUGGGAAAUGGAGAGAUUUUCUUCUUAAUAAGGAUAUACAGGAUAACUUCAUCGCUAACUUGGUUCAAGAGAUGAAAAAAAUGGUCAACUGA